ACAGAGUGCAGAAAGCAAGUUGACGACGUAGACGAUGUACGACGAUAAGUUUGGGAAGCGAAUUUUUCGACCAAAGGAAAAAAAUUGUUUGAAAGAAAUAACAUUAACCAACUGCUAAAUUUUCUACCUUAAAAUACUAAAAAAAAACCAAAUUCACAAUAAAAAUAUAAGCUAACGGAAAUUGCGUGAAAGUGAAAUGAGCUAAUGCCGUGUGCGCUGCAUUAAAAAUGUAUGCAGUUGAAACUAAAGCUGCGAAAUGUGAAAAAUUCCAUGUGAAGUAGUCAAAAGUAUACACAUACCGAGGCACAGCGCGUACGCAUACAUAUAAAUAAGCAGUUGAAAGCAAUGUGCUAACGUAUAUACGCAUAACAGUAAACUUUUCCAUCAAAAGAUAUGCAUACUUGUAUGUAUGUAUAUGUAUGUAGGCGCUAAAAGCUUUAAAAUAAGAAAUAAUAAUAAUUUUAAUAGGGAAUUUACUAAUUUUUAUACGUGAAAAAAAUUAUCAAAGCAUACUUUGUGGCGUUUCAGCGCAGUUGCUUACAGUGGCGAGUGAAUAAGCAAAGGAAAACACACACACACGCAUACAUAUGUAUAUAUACCAACACAUACAAAAAAAUCUGCCAGUGCAAUUGCCGUGUGAACAAAGGCACCAAGGCACUUAGGAGGCAUUCAGGCACAAGCGUACAUACACACACACACACAUACACAACAAAAUACACACAUGCAUACAUACGAAAAUAUAUACAAAUUUGUAGUGCACACCAGCCGUUACUUGUGAUAGGGCAACGAACGAAACCGGGCAAAGCGCACAAGUAUUAUAUCAAGUAAAGUCGCAUGCAGCGUUUGUGGGUUCAACAGUGCGUAUGAGUAAUCUGGAAUUGGCUGCGGAAUUGAAUUAUAAUUUUUAAACAGUUAGCCGGCAGGGCUGCAUAGUUCAAUGGCAUGCCCGAUGGUGCAACUUUUCGGCUGCUGCAGUUAUUAUUAUUGUUGUGGUUGUUGUUGUUGCGAAUGUAGGGGUGUUACACGCUGCUGUUAGCAGGCAACGCGUUGACCGUUGCGGUGGCAAGCAAGCGCAACAACAAAAAAAAUAAAACAAAAAAGACCGCAUGUCAGUGCAACAGACAAGAGACAACAACAACAAAGCAAGAAAACACGAGCGAACACACACGCACCUACAAACAUAUGUUGGAGGCUGUCGUGCGCUGGCAACACUGGCACAUUUUAAUGUGAGCUAAGAAGCAGCAGAAGAAGAAGUAGAAGCAGAAGCCGAAAAGGAAGCAGACAAAUAGCGGAAAUUGAAGACUUGAAAAGCCAGGAAGCAGUACGAGUACAACAAGCGCAGGCCAACAAUUGAUCAAAGCAACAAAGACACAAAUUGCAAAAACAACAAGCACUUAAAAGUUAUAAGUAAAACAAAAAACAACAAUAAAGCAAAAAAAGUAUAAAAAUAAUAAUAAAUAGAACACAAAAAGGCUAGUAUAAGCAAAGCGUCCAUUUGCAGAAAGAAAAAAAAAAACAGAAGUUGAAAAUAAAAACAACAAACAAAGCGCCGUUACACUGGCACCACCCGUCGUUUUGUCAACAUCAAAUACCAUUACAAUUGAGACAACGACCUCAACAUCGUCACCGCAGCACUGCCAUAGCGGUGGCAUCACCGGUGUUGCGGUCGGCGUCGGCGUCGGCGUUGGUGUUGGCGUCAACGUCAGCAGCGCCGCCAAUGUCGGCCUGGGCAGCAUUGGCAUCGGCAGCACGCUCUGUAGCAGCGGCGACAGCGGCAUUUCAUCGUCAACGCCAUCGCUGGUCUCGCAACUUUCACCGCCACCCACCAUAAUAUGCAGCCUGCCAACGUCGACGAUCUCAAAUAAUAUUGCGAUUAGCGCUAGUGUCGGCGCAGCAAUAUGCAGUAGCGGCGCGGUAGCAGCUGGUCGCUGUAGUCCCAUUAUCACCGGCAAUUACUGUGCGCUCAGCAAUGGUCUGGCAGGUAUUUCGGUGUCCAGUCACACAACUACCACGUCGAUUUAUGGUGGCGGUGGCAACAACAGCAAUUGCAAUAUCAUAAACAAACCGAAAUCAUCUUUAAGUCCGCUACAACGCCUACCCAUCAGCGGUAAUCUUUCCACAUAUGGUAGUGGUAGCGGCGGCGGCGGCGGUGGCUUCGGCGGCAGUGGUGGUGGUGGCGUUGGUGUUAGUGGACCAGGUUUUACAUUACUCACCGGCAGCAAUAGUCAUUUGAGUAGCAUUUCACCGGCGCUCAGUGCCAGCACACCUCUAAGCAGCGGCAUGAGCGGCGGCAGCAGUAAUAAUGCCACGAACUAUUUGAGCAGCAUGAAAUUGCUUGGGCCCGCUUCCAUCGAUUUGGGCACAACACCGCUAACGCAUCGCAAUUACAGCACAAUUAAAGGUUUUAGCUUUCGGCGCAGUUUUGAUGACAAAAUCAUUGCGCCACUUAACAGCGGUAACAGCAGCGGCAGCGGCGUCGCUGUUGGCAGUGGUGCCGGUAUUGGCGGUCACAGCAAUUAUUUAACGCAUCAUCACUUCCAUACACACUUCCACCACCCAACGUCCGCCAUGCAGAAACAAUCGUCCAUUGAUCGGCACAUAAGCGGUGGUGGCGGCAGUGGUGUCGGUGGUGUGGGCGUUAUGUCGCAUUCCACACACUAUCCGCUGACGUCGUCGCAAUCGUCGACGAAACUCUCGUAUCGUGAUGAUUUUCUGCAGCAAAUUGGCUACUUGCCGACGACGCGCAUCUUCAACACCAGCAUCGAUGAAGACCGACAGCAGGAGUUCCUGUCGUUGUCCAUGUCGCCGCCUUUGAAUCGCCGCCGGGACAUGCCGGCGUUGCGUGGCAUCAUUAGCCUUUCCGAACCUCGUGGCACUAUGAGCACCACUGACGAUGUCUUUCCCGAUUCGCCGGAUAGCAGUUUGUACGGUUCAGAAGAGGAGCAAGAGGAUCCAUUACAGUAUUGUCGUGGUGGUUAUCAUCCAGUCAUAAUUGGCGAUAUAUUUGACAAUCGUUUUCGUGUUGUGCGCAAGCUUGGUUGGGGACAUUUCUCCACAGUUUGGCUAUGCAGAGAUCUCAAGGACGAAAAAUACGUCGCACUGAAGGUGGUAAAGAGUGCACCGCAUUAUAUCGAAACGGCCGCCGAUGAGAUACGUCUACUCGAAGCUGUACGCGAUGCAGAUCCGCUUGAUAUGCGACGAGAACGCAUCGUACGACUGCUAAAUCAUUUUACGAUACGUGGCGUUAAUGGCAAACAUUAUUGUUUGGUUUUCGAAGCGCUUGGCUGCAGUUUAUACAAGUUAAUCGUAAAGAAUAACUAUCAGGGUUUGGCCAUAAGUCAAGUGCGCAACAUAAUCAAACAAGUAUUGGAGGGUUUGGAUUAUUUGCACACAAAAUGUAGUAUUAUACAUACGGAUAUUAAGCCUGAGAACAUAUUAUUGGUGAUCGAUAACGAGUCGGUGGUGAAUCAGCAAAUUGACGAUGAAAUCGCCAGUUUACGCGUGAAGGGUGCGGACUUUCCGGAUUCAUAUAUUAGUUCCAUUGAAAAGCAAGCGAAGAGUCGCAGUAAAUGGUCAAUGACCGACAUGAAUAUUUCAACAACAAACAGCACGGGUACGGGCAAUAAUUCCUCCGCGUCAUCCACGCCGCUGCCAACAACUACCGUUGCAACUGCAGCAAUGACAGCUGCGGCGAUAACGGCACUUAGCAAGGAUGACAGCAAUGCAACAUUUAAUACGAAUACGACUGCAUCCUCGUUAGCGUCUAAAUAUUCAGCCACUUUGAUAGGUGAAAAUGAUGGUGUAGGUGGCGGACGCGCUGGCACAGAGAGCCCUUCAAUAGGCGGUGGUACACCUUAUGCGACAACGGGCAAUAUAAAUAAUCGCUAUCGAGCCGAGAAGAAAAUCACUGCCAAGUCGAUCGAUGGUGACGGCAAUAUUGGUGACAUGAUAAGCACAACAACAACAACAACAACUACAACAACAACAACAACAACAACAACAACUACCACCGAAGCAAUCAAUGGCAUCGAAAUAUUAAGUUUAUUAAGUACAAAAAGUGAAAAUUUCGACGUUAAUAAUGCGUUGUCUCAAAUCACUACUCUAAACACCCAAGCACAAGCACCACACAAUGAACAACAACUACAACAGCAAAAACAACAGAUACUACUACCAUCACUCACAUCACAAGCACCUUCACUAGCUUUACCAACACAAGCACAAUCAUUAAUACAACAACAACAAGCAACAUCACAAAAUAACAACGAAGAUGUUAAAAAUAGCAAAAAUGCCGCUACCGAAAAGACCCAGUCCUAUACAAAUGCCAUACAAGCGUUGAUCAACAACACCAAUGUACGCGUUAAAAUUGCUGAUCUGGGAAAUGCCUGCUAUGACUAUCAUCAUUUCACUGAUGACAUACAAACGCGACAAUAUCGCUCCAUAGAGGUAUUGCUUGGCGCACCGUACACUUUCUCCGCUGAUAUUUGGAGUACAGCUUGUCUUGCCUUUGAGCUGGCGACCGGUGAUUAUCUCUUUGAUCCGCAUAUGGGCGAGACUUACUCACGCGAUGAAGAUCAUUUGGCGCACAUAAUUGAAUUACUAGGCGCCAUACCGCCUUCCGUGAUAUUUCGUGGCAGGCAUGGCCUCAAAUUCUUCACUAGUUAUGGCAGCUUGCGUAACAUUACGAAAUUGAAACCGUGGAGUCUAUUGAACGUACUCAUCGAAAAAUAUGACUGGGAUCCUAUAGAGGCUAAAAAAUUCUCUGAUUUUUUACUACCGAUGCUCGAAUACAAUCCCGUAAUACGCGCCUCAGCGGCCGAAUGCCUAAAUCAUCCCUGGCUGGAGCAGGAGGAAUUCGUUUGAAAUGUGUCCAUACUCGUUUCACUUGUUGACUGAUUACCUAGCUGAAACGAACGCACAUACGCACAUAGUAGUUGUUGCAUGCAAUGGUGGCGGAUGCAGAGAGCGCAAACUAACUUUGGCGUUAGCCAAUUUAGCUGCAGACGUGAGCGAGAGAGACUUGCACUUUCUCACAUUAUUAUUUAAACGUUAAGACUUUACACACAAAAAAGAAAAAAGAAAAAACAAAAACAAAAACAAAAAUACAAAUAAACUAAAAUAAUAUGCGACCUAUAAAGUAGACAUUAAUAAGAUUUUUUAAUAUUAAAUGCAAAAUGCAAAUUAAAUUAAAUAAAGUUAAAAACGUAGCAUGACAAGUGAAAAAUUGUAAUAAUUAUUAUAUUGUCGGCAAAAAAUAAAAUAUACCUUUGAGUAAAAAAAAACUAAGCAUUGGUAACUAAAUUAGUGGAAACUUAAAAUAUGUUUGUUAAAGUAAGUUUUCUAUGGGAAAAUAAAAGAAAUUUAAAACUCCAAAGUAGCAUUAAUUCUGAAAUAUGUAUUAAAAGGCAAACAUUUUAAAUAAAAGACAAUUACAAAACUAUAAUAACAAAAAAUAAAAAUAAAUUGUAGGAUACCCUAACGACUUACCGACACUCAUAUUUGCAUAUAUAUACAUCAACCCGUAUACAUUUAUUAAAAAUAGCAUAUACUCAAAUGAAUUUUCGAAUCCACAUUUGCCUAACUGACUGACUUAUUUUUCAUAAACAAUUUAAUAAACUAAAAACUUAACGGCAACAGCGUAAUAUAAAUGAUAAAAUAUUAAAAAAAAUAAUAAAAAAUGGAGGAGUACAUAUGUACAAUGUUUUCAAAAAAGUUUACACAAACAAAUUGUGAGUACAUAAAAAGUGAGAAUUAAAAUUUUUAGAUCAAUAAAAGUGGGACUGGACUCAAUUUGCUAAAUAGUAUUUGAUAUGGUCACCAAAAGUGGUGAUAAUUUUAUAAUACAAGCUGAGCAAAGUUUGGCGGAACUCAAAAUUGAACGCUAAAUUAUAUACAUACAUAUAUGUAUGUACUACUUUAAACCAUUAAUCAAGUGUUUAGUCAACACUAGUGAUAUGUUCAAACCAAAACUUAUGCGCCUCAAAUCAAAAUUAGUCUACACACUAAACACGACUGUUCACAUUGUUGCUAUUAUCGUUGCUACAAUCAGACUACACAAUUUUUUUUACUGUCAAUAGCAGCAGUGUUGGACCUACUUUUUGGUACUUUUUGAUGAACGUGCCAAUAGUUGGCGCUAAAUUUCAUAUAGUUUAAGUUUUCAUACUACUUCGCGGUGAAGAAUUUAUGAAAUAACAAUUUUGUAUGGAAAUAUCUUGCUAAAUUGAGUAGAUAUGAAACUUAGUGCAAUCCACAGCGCUGAUCACGUGAUUAAGCUUUGGUUUGAGCAUGUUACAAGAAACUUAAGAUCAAAUAGCGUUAAUAUUAAAUUAAUGAAAUGAAACUCUCUUAAAUAUACUAUAUAUAACUGGCAAAAUCACAUGCAUACUUUUUCAUACCUAACAGCGGCAUAUUGCAGUGAGUUGCGUCGAUCAUGCGCAAAAUUUAAUUAAAUAAAUAAAAUAUAAUUCAUAAAUUAAUGUUUACAUACUUUAAAGGAAGUGUAGUGCAUAAUUAACUUUAUGUUUUUCGUACAAUUUUAUAGUAAAUAACAAAUAUAGUACCAAACAGGCAUACCCAUAAUCAUGAAAAGAAAUAAAUAUUACAGAAAUUAAACAAAAGCAGUUCAAAAUUCUUCAUUCAACUCAUAACUACCCAAGUCUCCACGUUUUAUUUAUGCAUAUUUAAUUUUCAACAUAACCGCUUGCGUGCAUACUUCUGUUUUCAAAAAGGUCCUUAUGUGCAGUGCACACUCCGCAUAACUAGCAAAUUCGGCAACACUUUGCUAACGUACAAAACGUACACGACGUCAUUGCCGACCAUCCGCCGGAACGUUUGCAUAGUUGUCGUUGCGAGUGAUUCGUUCAAGUGCUGCUCUUUGAAAUCGUUAAUUAAACAGUUUACAGUGCUAAUUUUUUAUUAACAAUAAUAAUUUUGUGUUGCUAAUUACUUGGUUUAUGGAUUGUUUUAUAUUGUUAUUUAUAUAAUUUAUGGUAGUUAACAUAAAUGUACGCUGUACAUUCAGCAUGAUAACAUGGCGGUCGUUCUAUGAGAAAACGAAGUGUAAACUGCAGUAAUUCGUGGAAAAUUGGUUUGUGCAAUGCUGCAAGCAUUUAAAAUAACAUUUCAGUGAAUUUAGCAGAGUGCAUUAAGUGAUAUUUAAAUAUUAAGUAAACGAAAAUAAUAUUGCUAGUUUACCAAGAAUGUGCUCUAAAGUAUGAGGUUCCGUCUGCUUAUUUUCUACCAUUUGUACACAGAUACAUAUUUUUCAAUUGAUUAAAUUAUAAAAGUGCAAAUUUCAAAAUUUCUUUGUUUUUAAAUACUGCGUUGAAUCAAGAACGAAUUAUUUAAUUAUAUUUAUUUUCGGCUUUUCUUUACUGUAAACAAACAUUAAUUUUUUUUAAUUCUAUAUUUCAUAAUAUCUAUUUUUGUUCUUGAUUUCCUUAAAGAAAAUACUAUUAACUUUAUUUAAAUUUGUGUCCAACUAGCUGACUAACUUUUCAAUAAUAGUGUAAAAAGUAAAGUUCAAUAUUUACCCUUACUAUGAAUAUAUGAAAUAUAAUUUCAAAAGUUCUGUGUUCAUUCCAAAAUUAUAAAUUUAAUAUCGAAAUACGCUUAAAUAAUUUAAAUCAAAUAAUAAAACUUUUAUUAUAUUAAGUAUAAAAACGCAGUUGAUGAAUUUUUUUAAAUUAAAUUGAAUAAAAAUAGCUUUAUCAUAAAAAACGAUUAAUUUUUAAAUAGAUAAUAUUAGUGAGAUAAUAAUAAUUUUAUUUUAUAUUCAAACCAUAAGUAUUUCAGCAAAUUAAAUUAUGUAAAGAAUAAGUUUGUAUUGAAAUCCUUUUCCUAUUCUUUCAAUAUAUAAUAGUUUUUUGCAAAGCAAAAUUUUGAAGGUUUUUAUACUCUUUUGCUAAAAUCUAAAAUGUACAUUAUUUGUUUAAAAAGUAUGUUUGCUUACCACUCCGUACAUAUAUUUUACUUCAUCCCUACGAAAAGAUUUAUAUUAUUUCCCAUAAUUCGUAGAUAUAUAUGCAUAUUUUUAUGGAACAGGUGUUGAUAUACUUAUUCCAAGUUAAUUAUAAACAUAGCAAAUAAAUAUUUGCAAACGCAAUCAUACGGUACAUACUUAAAUUAGCAACAGAUAAAUACACCUAUACAUACAUGCAUACAUACAUACAAGUAUUAUCAUAAUACGAGAUUUCAUUAAGCAUCUUAAUAAAAAUUUGCAAACAGCAACAAACAGUGUACCCGUAGUGGAAUUGAAUUCUAAAUUAACAAUGAAAAUACCUACACAAAUAAACAAUGAAACAUUUAAGAAUAACAAGAAAUAUUUUAAUAAGAAUUUAUUAAUAAAUUUGCGCAUUAAAUGUAAACAGGAGUAUGCAAACAGUCUGAAAAGUAAAAAAAAUCAGUUAAUAACACAAGAUGACGUUUUAGAAGUAUAAUUUGGUAAAUAUGUAAGCAAAUUAAUAUUGUAAUAUUAAUUGAACAAAAAUGAUAUAGAGAAAAUGGUCGAAAAAGUAUUCACUUGUUGAAAAAAAUACAAAACUUUUACAGUUAAUGAAAUAAAAGCAGAGAUAAUGAAAAAAUUAUGGAAUAAUACAACAUAUGCAUUACUAAACGCAUCAAUAAAAUUUAAUAAUUAACUUUUGCAAUAAUA